GCUCGUGUAGUAGAGAGAGCCUCGUCGAGAGGCAGAAACGGGCAAUACGACAAAAAUACGCUUCUUUUUUUUUGUUUUUCACUAAAAUUAGGUGGAAGUCUGCGUUUGACGUGCAAGUCUUUGUACUACGGAGUGCAGCGCUAAAGGAAAGACAAAAAACAGAGAAUCGGGAUUGACACGGAGGAGCGAGUUUUCUGCAGAUUUUUCGUGCUUGGAUUCGCUCAGCUAGUUUAGCUAGCCGGCCUAGCGUUCACCUUUUGCCCGGGAAGCGCGUGACCAUUCGCCGGUCUCGUGCUUGUAGAAGGCUGUUGUUGUUAGCUGACCGGUUGUGCAGUCGAUAGCUAGUUGUCGUGUAUGGGGCGUGUUCGCUGGACUGCCCGAUUUGAACAGAGACUGACCAGCUUGUGAGGACGAGCUAACUAGCUAUCUGUCACCCUGUCCCACCCUCCCUGCUUCUCUCUCUCUCUAUCUCUCUAGCUUCAGCUUCACUUAGCCGUCUUAGCACCAAAGGCUAAGCUUGGGUGGCCACUUUAACAAGGCAACUUUACAACACAGCUACCUCUGCUGAGCUUCUGGAAACUCGCGAAUAUUAUUGGUGUUUCUUUAGAGAAAUUUAUCUAUAUAAUACAAACACUUUAGGUGAUACACUGGAAGGAAAGUGGGAAACCCAAAGUGUAAAGAGCAGUGUAGAAACCGAGCGUCUGCUGUGUGUGAGCUGAGAUAAGACAGCUGUUUGCUUGCUGGUUUUCUGGACAUCAGCUGAAGGAGCUGCUUUGUUUAGGAAAACCGCCAAAUAUAUAAAACCCAGACACGUGGUUAGUUAUUCUGUCAUUUUUUAACUCUUAAACUCCUCUCAGUGCCGUUUGUACUUAGUUGAAAAAAAAAAUAUUAAUAAUAUAUAUAUACUAUAUACAUAUAUACACAAUAUUCACGGUAAUCCAUUGGCCUUAAAAGCUUGAAAGCUAAUCCGUGAGGCUGUAAACAACCUGUAUUAUUAAUAUAUUUUUAUGGCGGAGAAAUUGUCUAACUUGUUUUUUGGUACAAAGAAUCCAACUAUAUGAUUGUCAGUUAUCUGGUCUACUGGCAUUUAUGUAAAAUUUUCUCACUUAAAUUUCCUGAAGCCUUGGUCUUUUCUAGGCCUACCUCUUGACACCUCACUGUAUGUCCUGUUAAUUUUCACUGACUAUACGGGACAUAUGUUAUUUCACCUUCUUUUGAUUGAGAUCUAGAUAAAUUUGUUACCUGCUCCUUUGACAGCAAGCAUUUUCAGUACUGCAGCUCGUCCAUUUGAUGGACUGAGAAGAAAUAGAUAGUAUCUUUAUAUUUUUGUACCACAGUCAAAAAUUUACAGACGGAACUAUAUAGUUGGUUAUAGAACAGAAUAAGCAUCGCCAUUCAGCCAUGAGUAUUGAGAUCCCAGCAGGUCUGACCGAGCUUCUGCAGGGUUACACGGUGGAGGUGCUGCGCCAAAGACCUCCGGAUCUGGUUGAGUUUGCAGUGCAGUAUUUCACGCGGCUCAGAGACACGAGGAGCCAAGAUGGAUCUGGGGCCACUGCCAAAUCUGGAGUCAAGGGAGUGAUGUUCGAUGGUGAGCCCAUGCAGACUGAGUCUAAUGGCGAAGAAGAUGAUGAAGAUGACGACUCUGACUUUGAGCCACCUCCCCCCAGCAGAUUUAACCGGAGAGUGUCGGUAUGUGCGGAGGCAUUUAACCCUGAUGAUGAGGAAGACUCUGAGCCAAGAGUUGUUCACCCAAAAACAGAUGAGCAGAGAUGCAGGUUGCAAGAGGCUUGCAGAGACAUACUGCUGUUUAAAGCUCUCGACCAGGAGCAGUUUUCAGAAGUGCUGGAUGCCAUGUUUGAAGUGCUCGUGCAACCACAAGAACAUGUAAUCGAUCAGGGAGAUGAUGGGGAUAAUUUCUACGUUAUUGAAAGGGGCGUGUAUGAUAUUGUGGUGCAGAAGGAUGGCGUAGGCUGUUGCGUUGGUCAGUACGACAACAAGGGCAGCUUUGGGGAGCUGGCGCUUAUGUACAACACACCUCGUGCUGCUACCAUCAUCUCCAAGCAGGAAGGGGCCCUCUGGGGACUGGACCGAGCAACAUUCCGUAGGCUGAUUGUGAAGAACAAUGCGAAGAAGAGGAGGAUGUAUGAGUGCUUCAUUGAGUCUGUGCCACUUCUCAAAUCUCUAGAGUUGUCUGAAAGAAUGAAGAUUGUUGACGUUUUGGGGGUGAAGACUUUUCAUGAUGGAGAAAGGAUUAUCAUGCAGGGUGAUAAAGCAGAUUGUUUUUAUGUUGUUGAAUCUGGGGAGGUGAAGAUCAUGAUGAAGAGCAAAACGAAAGCAGACAGACAGGAUAAUGCCGAGGUAGAAAUUGCUCGCUGCACUAGAGGGCAGUACUUUGGAGAGCUUGCACUUGUAACCAACAAGCCACGGGCUGCCUCAGCUUAUGCCAACGGGGAAGUUAAAUGCUUGGUGAUUGAUGUGCAGGCGUUUGAGCGCUUGCUGGGCCCGUGCAUGGAGAUCAUGAAGAGGAACAUUGCUCACUAUGAAGAGCAGCUAGUGGCUCUGUUCGGCUCCAGCAUGGAUCUCAGAGACUGACAGAGACUGGCCGUGCCUUACACACCACACAUACACACUCCUCUUACAUGCACACACAAACAUUUAAUUAAUCUAAUACAUCUAGUUUAUAUAAACACACCACAGUUUGUAGGCAUACACUCCUUUUUAUGUUCAACUUCUAUCCCAGAAGAUACAAACACAAUAUUUCUUUCUUUGCCCUCUUUUUUGCUUGCACCCUAAAAUCCCCAACACCCAGCAAUUCCAACAUACACACACACUCUGUCAGCUCCCCUGUGUAAAAUGUAAGCAUUACCUGUCCUCGAGUUAUGACCCUCAACCAACUUCCAGCAACAAGGACAGCCAUGCGGACACAACAAACACAUUUGCACACUUCCUGCUUCAACAUACUUGCACAACACACACAGAAUGCAACAAUUAAAUCCAGCCAAGGACCCAUACCUUACCAUGGACAUACACUUUAAAAAAGAAAAAAAUCUUCAGAGGACAUAAAGUAAUGUUUGGAGAAAGAAAGGAAGCCUGACUAAAAAUGCAAAAAAAAUAUAUAUAUACGGUUGAACAGAGAUGUUUUAGAAACAUUUUAUGACAGUGCGAAGCUUUGAUUAACACUUAUUUAAAUAAGACUUGUUUCCUUUUCUGCUGUUGGUGCGUUGAGUUAGUUCUGGUGGUAUCCAAGGUGACCAAUGUUAGGUCCUUGUCUUGCUCACACAAACUCCAUAUAUGGUAUUGAUUAAUGUAUUAUUAUUAUUAUUAUUAUUAUUAUUGCUACUAUUGUUGGAUUUUCUUUUGGCUUUAUUGGAGAAUGUGAGGCAGAAUCUAGUGCUUAUUUCUUCUCUUGGUCAUUCUGGAUGAGUUGUUCUGAAAAGUAAAUAAAACAAAACAUUUUGUUAACA